AUGCAAGCCGUAAACUCCACCAUAGUUGAUGAUACAGACAUUGCUAUACAAUACUCCGAUGGCUGGAUCAGUGACCUACAGAAUUCCAUCUCACCCAAUAUCGGUGCCAUUGGCGACCCCAUAUAUGGAACACUGCAUGGGGCGAUUACAUCUAAAAGUAGCUUCACAUAUAUAUUCAACGGAGGCUUCACAGGAACUAUUGUGGUUACUGGAACUUAUACGCGGAUUCCAACGUCAUGGACCUGUACUCUUGAUGGUACCAGGAUGAGUGAUUCCACUUCGACAUGGAAUGGUCUUUCUGUUGAUGCUAAUCGACAAACUGCAUGUUAUGCGACGGACCUCACCUUGUCGGACGGCCAACACGAAAUCAGUGUAUCUGUGAAUGGAACAAAGGACAAUCCUAUCUGGUUUGACUUCAUAUAUUUCACCCCUUCGACCAAUUCUGUGUCAACGAGUUUUGGAGACACCCAGGUUGAUUGGACCUCUCACCAAAUCAGAUAUAGCGAUGGAUGGUGGGGUGAUUUAGAUAACAAACAAAGUGGGACCACUGGGUUUCUAGACGGCGCAACACUUGAUUUCGACUUCUAUGGAAAGUCUAUCACUUGGUUUGGAUACGCCAAUACCAGUCGCUUUGACGAUUCCGUAAGAGGAACCUACUCUGUUGACGGAGAACCUCCUAUAGAGUUCACCUAUCGCAAACCCACAGUCAAUCUCGUCAAUGGACCCCAGACAAUUAGUAAUCAGGUUUUCUUCCAGACCAAACAAUACCCCAGUGGAAAGCACAGUCUGCGCGUCAUCAACAAAAGCAGUACGACCCCAUUGUCUCUGUUGAAUAUUCUCAUUCAGAACAGUACAUUGGAUUUUGCUCUUAGUCCUGUACCUCCUCUUCAGUCACAGACUUCCCCAACGGAUACAAGCUCGAUAUCAAGUCUUCCGUCCAGUAGUCCUGGUAACCGCCAGGAACAAGGACGGCCUCUAGGUGCCAUUAUCGGAGGUUGUGUUGCUGCUCUGGCAAUCAUCUCAUGUUUAGUCUGCUUCUUGUUGUUUCAACGCUCUAAAAAACGACGUCGAGCACAGAAUAAUAUGACAGGCGCUCACGGAUAUACCUAUGGACUUCCAGGUGCACGUGAUGACGAGGAAAAGACAAGACAAGAGCCAGCCCAUUCCCCAGUUUCCGAUCCCACCGACGCUUCCCCUUCGAUUUCUCCUCAGCCUAUCUCAUUUCCUACUUCCGUCCAAGAGCAUUCCCUUCCCCGGGAAACAGUUGUGGUGCACCAAGACAGUGGGAUCCGAUAUCCUCAUGCCUUUGAUCAGCCAGAAAGCUCAGCCACAGAUAAUCCACCUCAGUAUAACGAUACUAUGAAGAUGCCAUGA